GCUUAGGGAAUAGGGAUGCUCUGAUGGAGGCACACGCACAAUAUCACGCAGGUGUCGAUGUGGAGACAAGCGCUUCGCGUCCCAAACUUCCGCUUCGAGGGCCAGCUCCACUCGCCUUCUCUUCUGCUGCUGUUUGUCCCUCGCGCGGCACCGUUGCGGCGCCCGGGAGGCGUGACUAGGGGCGGGAAGUGGAGCGGGAGCGGGGCCGCGGAGCCGAGGUGCCGCUGUCAUGGACGCCUGGGUCCGCUUCAGUGCUCAGAGUCAGGCCCGGGAGCGACUGUGGCCGCCCAGUAUGCCUGCUCCCUUCUUGGCCACGCACUGCAGCGACACGGGGCCAGUCCUGAGCUACAGAAACAGAUUCGGCAACUGGAGGGCCAUCUGAGCCUGGGCAGGAAGCUGCUACGCCUGGGCAACUCAGCAGAUGCUCUUGAGUCAGCCAAAAGAGCUGUGCACCUAUCAGAUGUGGUCCUGAGGUUCUGCAUCACUGUUAGUCACCUCAAUCGAGCCUUGUACUUCGCCUGUGACAAUGUCCUGUGGGCUGGAAAGUCUGGAUUAGCUCCCCGUGUGGAUCAGGAGAAGUGGGCUCAGCGUUCUUUCAGGUACUAUCUGUUUUCCCUCAUCAUGAAUUUGAGCCGUGAUGCUUAUGAGAUUCGCCUACUCAUGGAACAAGAGUCUUCAGCUUGUAGCCGGCGACUGAAGAGUUCUGCAGGAGGUGUUCCAGGAGGAAUUGAAACUGGGGGGCCCGGGGGCCCAGGGACUCCAGGAGGAGGCCUUCCCCAACUGGCUCUGAAGCUUCGGCUUCGAGUCCUACUUCUGGCUCGGGUUCUUCGAGGUCAUCCCCCGCUGCUGCUGGAUGUGGUCAGAAAUGCCUGUGAUCUCUUCAUUCCACUGGACAAGCUAGGCCUCUGGCGCUGUGGCCCUGGGAUUGUGGGGCUUUGUGGCCUUGUGUCCUCCAUCCUGUCUAUCCUCACCCUAAUCUGUCCCUGGCUACGACUCAAGCCCUAACAUCCUGGUAGAAGAUAAGGAAGGGACCUGAUUCGCUGAGAUGGAAUCUUACAUCAUCCCUCUUGUACCAGCCUUAUUCUAAUGCUGCUCCUGGAUUAGAGUUAAAAUCCAGUGAUUUUAGAAGUGGAGGGAGGAGCUUGGGGAAAAUGAGAUAAGGAAAGGUGACUGUGAAAUCAGUAGUGAUUGUAAUCCGCAGCUAUGCCUGAGCUUUGGUUCUUGUCCUCUGUCAUUGCUGUGUCUCUCUUGACAUUUCAGUACUUUGUCUCUCAAGUCUGUUUAAGAUUCUGUCACUAUACAUCUCUUUUUUAACUUUUAAGUCCUCUGUCCAAGAAUUUUAUCAGCAAAAUUAGUUUUUGAUAGAGGAGGUAUAAGGUGUGGUCUGUAAGAUUCUAACUACCUUCUUUUUUCUCACAGAGGUAGCUUGUGACAGAUUUUUCCUCUUUCAAACUCCAAAUCGUAAUGUUAAGACUUUAUAUCCCAGUGAACUCUCCUAGCUUUGUACCAUAGGUUAUUGAUUCUUCCUCCUCUUCCCCCAUGUCUCCCUCCCCAGCCUCCUUCAUAAUUUGGUCCUUACCCUUCCUGGACUUAAAUUUUCAGAUUUCUGCUUACUUUUAUUUCAGAGCUCUGACCCCUACCUGUUCUUACUCGUUCUUCGCCUGUCUGGCACGAUGCUGUCUCUAGCAUCUUGUAAAUAUUGUACAGUGAUUCAGUGUAAAUAGGUAUGGCCCUCAACUCUUCCAGGUCAGCAAAUUAAAGAUCAUUUUGCUCAUCAA